CGCCACGAGGACAAGAAAGAAAGACGGGAGACGAAGCGACACGCCAUUGGUCAGAAUCGCUCCGACAGCGCUUCCCAUUGGCUGGUUGAGUUGCCCCGCCAGUUGAGUCUAGAAACAGCGCCACAAUUAAACGUUUGUUAUCCGCGGACUGUUUGCGGUCAAAUUUGCAAACUUAGAUUCAGACAAACGAUCGUAAACUCGCUUUACAAAGUUUGUGACUUUAUUAAGCGGUCAGUUGUUGUCCGAGAGACUCGAGCUUCGUCCCGUAUGUUAAGCUAACAGAGGCAGCUAAUGCUGUUUGAGCAGGAAGCUAACGUGGCUAACGUUAGCUGAACUCACCGGGGUGUUUUCAGCCUUUAGUUACCGCUCAUAGUUCCACUCUGUCGGCCACAGCAGGGAUGAGCUGCCCGGUGAACCUCCAGGCGCUGCCGUCCGGAGUCUUUGAAGCGGUUUUUACUCCAGAGAACAUGAGAGGAAGAACUUCGAUGAACUCUCUCACUCCGCUGAGUUUCCCCAAAUCCAGAUCGGCUCUGUGGGACGGCAGCCCUGCUGGGGAGAAGCUCCGCCUCCACCUCUGCUGUCACAGGAAGCCUCGGUUGGUGCUGAUGGAGAAAGCUCUGCGGCUGGCUCAGCGUCACGCCCGUCACAGCAACAAGCCCCGCCUCCACUGCUUCCUCCUGGGAACAGUGUCUGUGGACGCAGAUGAGGAGGGCGUCACUGUGACCCUGGACCGGUUCGAUCCGGGUCGGGACCGGGCCGGAGCUUCGGGCAGAGUUCCCUCCGCUCUGCUGCCUGGAGACGUCCUGGUUCCCUGUUUGUUCUCCAAACACACCGAGACGUCCGACGCUGUCGUCCAAUCAGAGGCUGAGCUGCAUCACUGCUUCAAGGCGUUGCAGCAGUUUGUGAGCAGCAGACAGACUCUGGAUCUGUCUCAGCUGAUAAAGGUCAGAGGUCACGCUGUCUGCUCUCAGCAGUCUGACGCCGCAGCGUUCGGCCUCAGCUGGUCGGCCGUCUGUCCGUCCGUCGGUGUGGAUGUCCAGCCGGUCCGAGCCGAUCCCAUCAUCCCCACAGCUCUGCUGAGGAGUCUGACCAGCAUCGACCGGCCGCCGCCGCACGCCGCCAACCGACAGAGAGGGUUUCUGACCAUGGAUCAAACCAGGAAACUGGUCCUGCUGCUGGAGUCGGAUCCUAAAGCGUCCAACCUGCCGCUGGUCGGCCUCUGGCUGAGUGGAGUCACACACGUGUACAACCCUCAGGUGUGGGCCUGGUGUCUGAGGUUCCUGUUUAGCUCCGCCCUGCAGGACAGAGUUCUGUCAGAGAGCCGCUGUUUCCUCCUCGUUCUGUUCGGUUCCACUCACAGAGCUCCUCAGUUCUUCCAGUGCCGAGGACCAGGACCGGGACCACAGCUAGACUACCAGCUGCUGACAGCCUCCCAGUGUGUCACACUGUACCAGCAGGUGGUCUCUGUGGAGGGUCAGACUCUGCAGUGCGAGCUGGGUUCAGAGGAUCACAGCAGACAGACGCAGAUCUUCAGAGAGGCUCAGACCUCGUUCAACAGUGCUGCCCCACCAGCUGCCGGUCUGUCUGUCAGCGAUCAGGACUCUGGAGUCGAGGAUGAGGACCUGUCUCCGCGACCGUCCCGAGCCCCCACCCCGCUCAGCAGGUCAGCUCGGAGAGUUCAGCCGUCUGUUCCUGAACUCUCUCUGCUGAUUGACAGCAGCUUCACCUCCAAUCAGAGCAGUUGGCAGGACCCUGGCUCCGCCCACAGACCUCCUCCUCCUCCUGCUGCUGCUGACAGGAAGUCUGCUCCUCCAACUGGAAACACCACCUCCUCCUCAGCUCCCAGACCUGCUGCUCCUCCUCACCUCCACAGCACCCCCAACUCCAACCUGCAGCAGCCCUGCAGCUGCUGCUCCACCCACACCUACGACUGCACCUCCAUCUUCUCCUCCCCAGGACUCCACCCUGCUGCUGCUGCUCCUCCACCUGCUGCAUUCUCACAUCACAACACUCCUCCUCCUCCAUCCUCCCACCACCACAGUCCUCGUCCUCUCUGCAGUCUCCACCCCGCUCCUCCUCCACCUCCUCCUGCUCACUCCCAUCACCACACUCCUUCCAGCAACCGUCCAGUUACUCCUUCUGUUCCGCCUUCCUCCACUUGCGGUACUCCACCUCCCCCCAUAGCUCCUCCUCCCUCCCACAGCCCCUCGUCUCCUCUCUCCAGCCACCACCACACUCCUCCUCCCUGUCCCUGCAGCCACCCUCCUGCUGUCCCGUGGUGCGGUGACUCCCCCUCUCCUCACCCCUCCCGUCCAGCAGCAGCAGACCCUGUAUCUCCCCCCUGGAUCCCCCGUCCCUCCUGUGUGAAUCAGUGCUGCGAUCAGGUGGGCGGAGUCACACCGUCUGAUCCCUACCAGCUCCUCCUCCAUCAGGACCGACAGCUUCGCCUCCUGCAGGCUCAGGUCCAGAUGUUGCUGGAGGCUCAGGGGAAACUUCAGUCGUCCAGUCGGCAGGUCGACACUCAGACACCCAGGAGCACCGCCAGCAUCGCUGUGGGGACAGGUGCCAGUCUGUUCUGGGGGGAUCCUGUCCAGCCCCUCCCUCAUCCGGAGGUACAGGCUCCUCCCCCCUCCUCACCCACACCUCCCCCCUCAUCCUCCCGCAGCCCACCCCCCUCACGCGCCGACCUGUCCGUCAUCAGGCCUGUGGGCGGAGCUGAGGACAGUGACACCGCAGGUCAGGAGGCUACCUGCUCCCCCUCUGGUCAGCACAGCGUCGGCGGUCUGCAGAGUCCGGUUCUGGGAGAGAGCGUCAGCAUGCACAGACCUGCAGACGACCAGCAGAGCUUCUACCACGACCUCAUGAAUCAGCUGACCAGUCGUCUUCAGGAGUCAGACGGCAGACAGGAAGUGGAGGAGGAGGAGGAGUCCAGGAGGAGGAGCCUGUCUGUGGUUUCUGACCGCUCCCAGUCCUCCUCCCAGUCCUCCCAGUCCUCCUCCUGGUCCAGGAGGAAGCAGCAGCGUUGUGGAGGAGACCCGGUGGUCAGCGCCACUGUGCGGCAGCUGCAGCAGCUCGGAGUCGACGUGGACGAUCUGACCGAGUCUGACAGAAGAAAACACCAAACCGUAGAGAGCAGCAGGUACGGACCUCACCUGGUCACACCUGACGGGUUAAACUGUCUGCACCUGAUCAGCACUCUGGCGAGCAUCAACCCGGCAGCGGUUCUGUCCAGACUGAGCGUGUCCGAGCCGACAGCCAGCUCUCUGUUCCUGGGAGGCAGCGUGGAUCUGAGUCUGGAGGCCAACGCCAUCGCCCUGCGCUACCUGAGCGACUCUCAGCUCAGCAGGCUGUCUCUGGGAGGGCACGCCCCCCUCCCAGGCCCCGCCUCCUCUAAUGACUCCCUGAUGUCGCCUAGCAACAUGUCUCUGGCCACCAGGAAGUACAUGAAAAGGUACGGCCUGAUCGAGGAGGACGACGGCGAGGAGGAGGAGGAGGCGUCGGCUCGCCAUCCGCUGACCGAAGCUCUGAAUGUGAAGCUCCUCCCGCAGAGUCAGCUGAUCCGGGACCUGCGGCCGAAAAUGCAGCUGCUAGCCGGCGGCACCAAACCCAACGCCACCGAUAAGGAAAACUGUUCUAGCAGGCGGCCAUCUUUAGUGAGGGCGAGCAGUCGUCAGACAGAAGGCUCGGUGGGAAACAUCCUGGACCUGAGCCGCCUGAGAGAGCUGCCCAAACUCUUCUGACACCACGAAACCAGCAGCUGAUCAGACUGAAGUCUGCUGGAAGAUUUAACUGUUUUUUAAAUGGAGUCUGGUGAGUCUGAGGUGCUCGGUGUGGAAACCCUCUGCUGGUCAGCUGCCCAAACUGACACCAAAACACCAGAAAACCAGUUGUCUGAUAGGUGCUGGUGACUUUAGAAACUGUCAUAUUUUAACUGGAGUCUGGUGAGUCUGAGGUGCUCGGUGUGGAAACACUGCUGGUCUGAUUCAGGUCCUGGUUUUUAUAGUCAGACUGGAUUUACUGGAAAUCUGCCACCUUUUAGUUUUAACUUCUAUCAGAGGUUUGUGUUCAUGAACUGUGUUUUUUGUGUGUUUGAUCUUUUUUGUCACUUCCUGUUUUUAUGUGAAAUGUCAGAUUUUUUUAUAUAUUUAUGAUUCCACAAAUAAAUUCAUAACACUUUUA